UGACAGCGGCGCGUUGCUGGAUGUCGCCAUCUUGUCUGUAGCUCGGCGUGGGGGGCGCCAUCUUGUGCCCUCUGGAUGAAUGAACAGCGAGGCUAAGGAGUGAGUCCAUCCGGUUUGCUCGCGGCUUCGCUCUUCACCGAGGCCAGCCAUGGGGAUCCCUCUCGUCCACCUUUUGCUCCUUCUCUGCCUGGGCAGCGCCCUAGCAGCCCCGGAGCUGGUCAAUGAAGACGUAAAGCGGACCGUGGACCUCAGCACACACCUGGCCAAAGUAACGGCCGAGAUGAGCCUGGCCAACCCCGCGGGGAGCUCGGGAUCGGCCACCUCUUUCCUCCUGGCUUUGGACCCCGGCUUGGAGAGCCACCUGGCCUACCUGGGGGCACAGGUGAAAGGUGAAGAAGAAGAGGAGAAUACUCUGGAGGUGAAAGAGACAAAAGUAAAAGGUAAAAGUGGCAAAUUCUUCACCGUGAAAUUGCCAGCUCCUUUGGCUCCAGGUGGAAAAAUUCGCUUAUCUAUUGAAACAAUUUUCACACAUGUCCUGCAACCUUACCCCACACACAUCUCUCAGGCAGAGAAACAGUUUGUGGUUUUUGAAGGUAAUCAUUAUUUCUACUCUCCAUAUGUAACCAAGACCCAGACAACCCGUGUGAAACUGGCCUCAAGAAACAUUGAAAACUACACCAAGUUAGGCAAUCCCAACCGCUCAGAGGAUAUGAUUGAAUAUGGACCCUUCAAGGAUAUACCCCCAUACAGUGAGGACAGCCUUAAGAUACAUUAUGAAAACAACAGCCCAUUCUUGACUAUCACCAGCAUGACACGUGUCAUUGAAGUUUCUCACUGGGGUAAUAUUGCAGUUGAAGAAACGGUUGACUUAAGGCAUACAGGAGCUGUACUCAAAGGACCUUUCUCCAGAUAUGAUUAUCAAAGACAGCCAGACAGUGGAAUAUCUUCUGUGAAAUCUUUUAAGACUAUCCUUCCUGCUGCUGCUCAAGAUGUAUAUUACAGAGAUGAAAUUGGCAACAUAUCUACCAGCCAUCUUCUUGUACUGGAUGACUCAGUGGAAAUGGAGAUUCGCCCUCGUUUCCCCUUGUUUGGGGGGUGGGAGACUCACUAUAUAAUUGGCUAUAACUUGCCCAGCUAUGAAUAUCUCUUUAAUCUUGGUGAUCAGUAUGCUUUGAAGAUGAGAUUUAUUGACCAUGUCUUUGAUGAGCAAGUUACAGAUUCGUUAACUGUAAAGAUUAUCCUUCCAGAGGGUGCCAAAAAUAUUCAUGUGGACAGUCCAUAUGAAAUCAGCCGGGCUCCUGAUGAACUUCACUAUACCUAUCUGGAUACAUUUGGCCGCCCGGUCAUUGUGGCACAUAAGAGUAACCUAGUUGAACAACACAUCCAAGAUAUUGUGGUGCACUAUACCUUUAAUAAAGUCCUGAUGUUGCAAGAACCUCUGCUGGUAGUAGGAGCAUUCUACAUCUUAUUCUUUACGGUGAUUCUGUAUGUGAGAUUGGACUUCUCCAUCACUAAGGAUCCAGCAGCAGAAGCUAGGAUGAAAGUUGCCUGCAUUACAGAGCAAGUUCUAACUGGAGUGAAUAAAAGAUUAUGUCUGUACCGCCUUUUUGAUGAAGCUGUGAAUAAGUACAAGCAGUCACGUGAUAUUUCUACUCUGAAUAGCGGCAAAAAAUCUCUGGAAGUUGAACAUAAAGCUUUAACCAAUGAAAUAUCCUCAUUGCAAUCCAAGUUGAAGAUGGAAGGCUCUGAUCUGUGUGACAAAGUAAGAGUUUGUUAAUACUGAAAUCCAGUUAUGCAUCUUUUAGGUUUGGAAGUCCAGAGAAAAAGCCCAAAUACCUCAUUUUGACAUGGUUUCAUAUGUUGCAUUAUUCAACAUAAAUAUUUUAACUAGUGUUCUUAGCUGGCUAGGACACCUGGACUUGAAUACAUCACUUAAUUCUAGCAAGGCCUUCCCUCAGUUAAAGGAAAUGAAUGACACCAGUGGUAUUGUAAUACCACGUGGGCAAUACAGAUAAUCCCAAAUUUAAGAACAAGUUCUGUUCCCAAGGUCUGUCCUUAAGUUGAAUUUGUAUAUAAGCCAGAACAGUAUCGUAUAAUAUGGGGUAAGUAAUAUUCUGUAAUGAACUUGAACCAUUGUGUAUUUAACUUGAAUUUUGCUACAGUAGGCUCCAUUCUUAACUAUGGGUCGUCCUUAAGCUGGGCGUUCUUAACCCGGGGGCUAACUGUAUUCAAAUCACUUCUCUCGCUGCAUCAUACCUUUUGGUUAUGUUUUCCUUAGCGCUGGCAAUUUUUGAAAUGAAAGAUUUUCUACAAGCUACUGUUCUUAACACUGGAAAAUAAAAUUUAUUACCUGAAAGAUC